UCGCGGUGAAGGCAAUUGAGUCGAGUGAAGCUAACAUGCGGUGAAGAAUAGAAUUGGGUUAAAAUAAGGAGCAUAUUCUCUUUCGUUCUUUCCAUUCCAAAGCGUCAUUUUCAUAAAUAAUUUGUUGGUGAUCUUCUUUUUCCAUCUUCCCAAUCCAAUCAUCGACUAGUAUUAUUUUUCUUUAAAUUAUUAUCAGUAUAUUUAUUUAUUAUUUGUUUCAUCUUACUUACCUUACCCGUUCGUUCGUUUGUGAUGAUCGUUGGUUGUGUUUAAUCUCUUGUUUGUUUUGUUUGUAGCCCAGAGGAGUAUGGAUCUGUGUGCCGUACACGUGAAGAACCUUUUCCACACAAAUUCAUUCUCGGUAAGAACAAGAAUAAUAAGAACUAGAAGCUCGGAGAUCACACUUUUGAGAACAACUAACUCUAAACAACACAUUCGCAGCCCGUUUCUUGUCGCUGCUUCCGGCAACAACAACUCUUCUUCUGGUAAUGGUGAACAGUCUAUUCCAGAAGGAGAUGGUAUUAGAGGAAACAAUAAUGCUGAUAAAUCAAAUAACUCUGACAAGCGUCAUCAUAUUAAUCUGGAUUGGCGUGAAUUCAGAGCAAAACUAUAUAGAGACGAGCUGAAAGAAAUAGCAGAUACUGAUGCACACAAACAAGGUGCGAUAUUACAUAAUUCCAAACCUCUUGGAACAAAGUGGGCUCAUCCUAUUCCUGUACCUGAGACUGGCUGUGUACUUGUGGCUACCGAAAAGCUUGAUGGUGUUCGCACCUUUGAAAGAACUGUCGUUCUGCUUCUCAGAUCUGGAACUAGACACCCACAAGAAGGGCCUUUUGGAAUUGUCAUCAACCGUCCUCUUCAUAAAAAGAUUAAACACAUGAAACCUACAAAUCGUGAUUUAGUAACCACCUUCUCUGAUUGCUCUCUGCAUUUUGGUGGACCUCUUGAGGCAAGCAUGUUUUUGCUAAAAUCAGGGGAGAAGUUGAAGGUUCCAGGAUUUGAAGAGGUAGUCCCUGGGCUAUGUUUUGGAGCUCGGAACAGUUUGGAUGAUGCAGCAGGGCUUGUGAAGAAGGGGAUUAUCAAGCCUCAUGAUUUCAGUUUCUUUGUUGGUUAUGCUGGAUGGCAAAUGGACCAGUUGAGAGAUGAAAUUGAGUCAGACUAUUGGUAUGUGGCUGCAUGUAGCUCAAGUUUGCUGUACGAGGCUUUGACAGAUUCUUCUGAAGGUAUGUGGGAGGAGAUUUUGCAACUGAUGGGUGGUCAUUACUCAGAAUUGAGCCGGAAGCCAAAGCAAGACUCAUAGGUACUAAUAUACAUGGUUUCAGGUUUAGAGACAAAUUGAUACACGUAAAAUGGUGGUGUUACGAAGCAAUGUGCAGUGAAGUUUGCACUAAUGUCAAAUAAGUAGGUAAUUUAGUCUCCCAUCCUGUUUUUAUUGUUCAGCAUAAGAGGAAUGGUGCUUGUAAUUAUGCUUGAUAUAUUUGCAUGUAAGUAUGAAAUUAGUUUUGGGUUAGUCAUAGUUGUAUCCAAAGCUUAAAAACAAAACAAAGUCCGCAGCGCCUUUGAAUCAAUGUUUUAUCAAUCUAUGAUCGACGAAGGGACAUGCAGUGCACGAAAGCAAUCAAGAAAUUUCUAACAAUGGUAAAUUAUAGUACUUCUCUCUGAAGCAUAAA